AUGGAUACAUACGACGGUUUAAAUGGCUUGAGACAUGGUUUCUGCUCCAGAGCGGUAUCUCCAGCGACGUCGAAAUCAAACCACCCUCGGCAGUCUUUGUUAGAUACAAACUCUAUCACCGAGGAUGAUUCAAGGUCGGUUCCACAAACCGAAACGGGGAGCAUAAGCUCUCCAUCUUGGUCUUAUUCACUCAAGUUUCCUCCCAUUCCGCGUUUCUCGACAGACUUGGCUCCCUGCGCAGUUUAUAUGUGGCCAGAUUUCCGAGCUUCAUUCGAGAUGAGGGACAACCCACAACGCUCUCCUCAACAAGAAAGGAUCGACUCUGCUUCACUGCCGGGAACUCGUGCUACGAUUCCACGACUGCGUGCACUGACUCGAAGAAUUGAGGCUUUAUCAAUUUCUCCGUUAACCCGUCUCCUCAACCCACUCGAUUCGGACUCCCUUUUGGAUACUGUUUCUCCUUCGUCACCAAGCGCAUAUGACAGUGACCUCCCUCCUCGCCAAGGCACCUAUACUCAUUCGCCAAUCAUGCCAUCCAGUCCGUCGCAGUCGCCUCCAGCUGUCUUUUUGGCCACACCGCCCGCAUCAUCGUCACAGCACUCUGAACUCCCUCGAUCAAAAACUACUGGUGAUAUCAGUGAGCCGCACUCAGCAGCAACACAGCUUUCAUCCCCCAUGCCGACGGUUGUGUGUGCUCCGUCAGCAAGGCCGUCAAACAGCAGUUCCAACUUGAACGGCAAGGAAUCGCGAGAGGAGUUCAUCAAAAAACUAGAUGCUCUCAUGGAUAAGGAUUUGUAUAAUUCUAAGAUUUUCCGCUGCGCACAGAUGAGCGUAAAAGAUUGCUCAAAGCAAUGUGGAUACUGGGGGUCGAUCCAACUUGUCAGACGGCAUAUUGCGUCUGUUCACCUCGGCGUCAAAGACUUCGAAUGCGAGUUUUGCGGGAAACGUUUCUUCCAGAAGACCGCAAUGCAAACUCAUCACAACAAACACACUGGCGAAAAGCCACAUAAAUGCAGGGACCAAGGUUGCUCCCUCGAGUUCAAGGAUCCUGCUCGUCUCCACAAACACCGCGUUAAGGACCACAAGUUGAGCAAUAUUUCGGGCCCGUUACUCGACGCCCACUAA